CAGCGCGCUACCCGCUUCUGCCUGGCUUCCCGGCUUAAUUUUCCUCGGCGAGAUUAAAGUUGGAAAUUGAGCGGAGAAUUGAGUUGCCCGGGAACAGAGCCGCGGCCGCCGCCAGAGCGAUGUUCCCGCAGAGCCGGCACCCGACGCCGCACCAGGCUGCAGGCCAGCCCUUCAAGUUCACUAUCCCGGAGUCCCUGGACCGGAUUAAAGAGGAAUUUCAGUUCCUGCAGGCGCAGUAUCACAGCCUUAAAUUGGAAUGUGAGAAACUGGCAAGUGAAAAGACAGAAAUGCAGAGACACUAUGUGAUGUAUUAUGAAAUGUCAUAUGGAUUAAACAUAGAAAUGCAUAAACAGACUGAAAUCGCCAAGAGAUUGAAUACGAUUUGUGCACAAGUCAUCCCAUUUCUGUCUCAGGAACAUCAACAGCAGGUGGCCCAGGCUGUCGAACGUGCCAAACAGGUGACCAUGGCAGAGCUGAAUGCCAUCAUCGGGGUACGUGGCCUACCAGGUCUACCUCCUACACAGCAGCAGUUGCAAGCUCAGCAUCUUUCUCACGGCCAUGGACCUCCAGUGCCCCUCACCCCUCACCCUUCAGGACUUCAGCCUCCUGGAAUCCCGCCCCUCGGCGGCAGUGCCGGCCUCCUGGCGCUGUCUAGUGCUCUGAGUGGCCAGUCUCACUUGGCAAUUAAAGAUGACAAGAAGCACCACGAUGCAGAGCACCACAGAGACAGAGAACCGGGCACAAGUAACUCCCUCUUGGUCCCAGACAGUCUAAGAGGCACAGAUAAACGCAGAAAUGGACCCGAGUUUUCCAAUGACAUCAAAAAAAGAAAGGUGGACGAUAAGGACUCCAGCCACUAUGACAGCGAUGGUGACAAAAGUGAUGACAACUUAGUUGUGGAUGUGUCUAAUGAGGACCCCUCGUCUCCACGAGCAAGCCCCGCCCACUCACCCAGGGAAAAUGGGAUCGACAAAAACCGUCUGCUAAAGAAAGACGCCUCCAGCAGCCCGGCAUCCACCGCCUCCUCGGGAAGUUCCACUUCUUUGAAAUCCAAAGAAAUGAGCUUGCAUGAAAAAGCCAGCACGCCUGUUCUGAAAUCCAGCACACCGACACCUCGGAGUGACAUGCCAACGCCGGGCACCAGCGCCACUCCAGGACUACGUCCAGGCCUCGGCAAGCCUCCAGCCAUGGACCCCCUCGUUAACCAAGCGGCGGCCGGCCUGAGGACGCCCCUGGCGGUGCCGGGUCCGUACCCUGCGCCUUUCGGGAUGGUGCCCCACGCGGGCAUGAACGGCGAGCUGACCAGUCCCAGCGCCGCCUACGCCAGCCUCCACAACAUGUCGCCGCAGAUGAGCGCGGCCGCGGCUGCGGCCGCCGUGGUGGCCUACGGGCGCUCCCCGAUGGUUGGGUUUGAUCCUCCCCCUCACAUGCGUGUACCUACGAUCCCUCCAAACCUGGCAGGAAUCCCCGGGGGGAAGCCCGCAUACUCCUUCCACGUUACAGCAGACGGUCAGAUGCAGCCUGUCCCCUUCCCCCCGGACGCCCUCAUUGGCCCCGGCAUCCCCCGACACGCUCGCCAGAUCAACACCCUGAACCACGGGGAGGUGGUGUGCGCGGUGACCAUCAGCAACCCCACGCGACACGUGUACACGGGUGGGAAGGGCUGCGUCAAGGUCUGGGACAUCAGCCACCCCGGCAACAAGAGCCCUGUCUCUCAGCUCGACUGUCUGAACAGGGAUAACUACAUCCGUUCCUGCAAAUUGCUCCCUGAUGGCUGCACUCUCAUAGUGGGAGGGGAAGCCAGUACCCUGUCCAUUUGGGACCUGGCGGCUCCCACCCCGCGCAUCAAGGCAGAGCUGACGUCUUCGGCCCCCGCCUGCUACGCCUUGGCCAUCAGCCCCGACUCCAAGGUCUGCUUCUCAUGCUGCAGCGACGGCAACAUCGCCGUGUGGGACCUGCACAACCAGACGCUGGUGAGGCAGUUCCAGGGCCACACAGACGGGGCCAGCUGUAUUGACAUUUCUAACGAUGGCAUCAAGCUCUGGACCGGCGGCUUGGACAACACGGUCCGGUCCUGGGACCUGCGCGAAGGGCGGCAGCUGCAGCAGCACGACUUCACCUCCCAGAUAUUCUCCCUUGGUUAUUGCCCAACUGGGGAGUGGCUGGCCGUGGGCAUGGAGAGCAGCAACGUGGAAGUUCUCCACGUGAACAAACCUGACAAGUACCAGCUGCAUCUCCAUGAGAGCUGUGUGCUAUCCCUGAAAUUUGCUUAUUGUGGUAAAUGGUUUGUGAGUACUGGAAAAGAUAACCUCCUCAAUGCUUGGCGGACCCCCUAUGGAGCUAGUAUAUUCCAGUCCAAAGAGUCCUCAUCCGUGCUCAGCUGUGACAUCUCUGUGGACGAUAAGUACAUAGUCACUGGCUCAGGGGACAAGAAGGCUACAGUCUAUGAAGUCAUCUACUGAAAACAUUAUGUGGUUUAACGUUUAUAGUUGAAUUGGGCCAAAAUGUUUUGAAUUUGUAGAAAUAGAAAAGUUGUAACUUUAAAAACACAGAAACCUGUUUCCAAACCUUGACACAAAACUACUUUGCGUCUACAAAGAGGAGGCAGUGAGCACAUCAGCAGAAGGUCACCUACCUACCUAGACCAAAUGGAGCACCGAGGCAAAGUGGACAGAGGGGUGAGGGUUGUGGGCUUGAGGAAUGGAGCCCGCUGACCCGGGCAGAGUCCAUCCUUUUCUUUCUGUGAGACCUGCCGAGAUUACCUUUCUGUUCCUUGCCGUUCCCCUCCUGUCUGUCCUUGGUAGAGCAGUGGUGUCUCCAAUGAACUUGUUUCCUCGUUUUGCAUCUUGUGAAAUGUUUUUUUGUAUUUUUGUUGAAGGUUAAACAUUUGUAUAAAUUGUAAAUAUAUUUGGUUUAUUACAGUAAAGGCUUUAGUACCAAUAA